AUGAUUUGGCGAACAGUAAUCAUAUUGUGUUGCAUAUUGUUGCAACAAGUCACUGCGGAGCCAACAAUAUGGGAUUUAUUCAAUUGGAAAAUUACACUACAAAGACAGCGACAAGACGAAAUUACUCUAAGAGGUCUUAUUGAAGCAAGCGUAGCACAAGAUGAUGUGAAAAUUCCUGGAGCAACCUGCAGUGAGAGUCAAGAAUGGACAGGCGAAACAGGUCUUCCUGGAUUUCUUAUGCAAUGCAAGUGUAAUUUAAGCAGGUCGACCUUUGCUCCAGAACUCAUGAGUUGUGUGGCAAACAGUGAAAUUAAACGAG